AUGCCGAAAUAAAAAAUUUCAUUUCACUCGUUCGUUCAUUCAGCCGUCUCAACCAUCUGAAAGGGUUGUUUGGUGAACACAUGAACAAUGGACGUAAUGAUAGUCGAUGAUUCUAUUACUUAAGAGUACUGUAUUGUCUUAAGCUGCUGCAAACCUGCACUACGAGCGUGCAUCGGGAUCGGGAAUGAGGGAAGGGGCGCGACGUGAAAGCCAGAACGCAAGGGGGCCUCGAUGACGCUUUACGCUGCGUUGGGCUCGCAGUGGAGAAAGUUUUGCGCUGUGCUUUUUCUUUAACUGUAGGAUAAAGCGUUUGAGUUGUUUGUAUAAUAUAUUUAUGCGAGUGUGUGUAUUUUACCUGUUUCCAGAAGAUCCUAAGAAAUAAGGUACCGUCGGGACUGAGAGGGCUUGGUUUAAAACAUUCUCUAUUAUCUGGCAAAAGUCUGCAUAGCUACAAGACUGUUCCGUACAUAGCUGGCUAGUUUUACAAGUUAGCUGGCGCUAACAGCGCGGCUUGAUCCCUUCCAGACCUCUCUUCUAAAUCCCCCUGGAUAGCUUUGUGGAGCCGAAAAAAGCAGCUGGCGAAAUGGCGGAAACAAAAAUAAUCUACCACAUUGACGAGGAGGAGACGCCGUACUUGGUGAAGAUUCCCAUACCUGCCGAACAAAUCACUUUGCUGGAUUUUAAGCAAGUAUUGAACAAACCGAAUUACAAAUUCUUCUUUAAAUCCAUGGAUCAAGAUUUCGGCGUGGUGAAGGAGGAGAUCUCAGAUGAUGCUGCCAAGCUGCCGUGCUUCAACGGGAGAGUAGUGUCCUGGCUGGUCUCCUCAGACAGCCCGGUCCCAGAGACCCCUGCCCCGGCCGAGGUACGACCCGAACCCUCACCCCCUCCUCCGCCCCUCCCACCCCCUCCAGCAGAGAGGACGGGGGGCAUCGGGGACUCCAGACCCCCCUCCUUCCACCCCAACGCGUCUGGCAGCGUGGAGACCCUGGACGACCGCACAGAGACUGAGUCUGUGGUGUCCGUCAGGAGGGAGAGAGAGAGGCCUCGGCGGAGGGAGAGCCUGGAGCAGCAUGGGCCUCGAGCUAACGGACAGAGCAGGCUAGAGCGCCACCUAGCAGGCUACGAGAGUGCCUCCACCAUCAUGAGCAGUGAGCUGGACACCACCAGCUUCUGCGAUUCUGACGAGGACGACACCAUGAGCAGGUUCAGCGGCUCCACGGAGCAGAGCACCGCCUCCCGGCUGCUUAAGAGGCACCGCAGACGCAGGAAACAGCGCCCUCCCAGGCUGGAGCGGGCAUCUUCCUUCAGCAGUGUGACAGACUCCACAAUGUCCCUCAACAUCAUCACCAUUACACUGAACAUGGAGAAGUACAACUUCCUCGGCAUCAGCAUCGUGGGGCAGAGCAACGAGAGGGGGGACGGGGGCAUCUAUAUCGGCUCCAUCAUGAAAGGCGGGGCUGUGGCAGCUGACGGGCGCAUAGAACCAGGAGACAUGCUGCUGCAGGUGAAUGAUAUCAACUUUGAGAACAUGAGCAAUGACGAUGCCGUGAGAGUAUUGAGAGAGAUUGUGCAUAAACCUGGACCCAUCAUCCUCACGGUUGCCAAGUGCUGGGACCCCUCUCCACAGGGCUACUUUACCCUCCCACGAAAUGAGCCCAUCCGGCCGAUAGACCCGGCGCUGUGGGUCAGCCACUCGGUGGCGCUAACAGGUGCAUACCCACCCUACCCUGGCAGCUCUUCUAUUAGCACCGUGACCUCUGGCUCCUCCGUCACCGAAACAGAGCGCUUCGAUGAUUUUAACCUCUCCCUGCACUCAGACAUGGCAUCUGUGGCCAAAGCCAUGGCAUCUCCAGAGUCUGGCCUGGAGGUCAGAGAUAGGAUGUGGCUGAAAAUCACCAUCCCCAAUGCCUUCCUUGGGUCAGAUGUGGUGGAAUGGCUGUACCAUCACAUCGAGGGUUUCCAGGACAGGCGGGAGGCACGAAAGUACGCCAGCAACCUUCUGAAAGCUGGCUUCAUCCGCCAUACCGUCAACAAGAUAACCUUCUCCGAACAAUGUUACUACAUCUUUGGCGACUUCAGCGACUGUGAGAACUACAUCGCCAACCUCUCCCUAAACGAUAAUGAUGGAUCAAGCGGAGCGUCGGACCAAGAUACUCUGGCUCCCUUGCCACUCCCAGGAGCCACGCCCUGGCCCAUGAUGCACGCCUUCCCCUAUCAGUACCCCAACCCUUACUCCAGCCAGCCACCUCCCUACCACGAGCUCUCCAGCUAUAGCUAUGCGCCUGGGAGUACGGGUAGCCAGCACAGUGAAGGGAGUCGGAGCAGUGGGUCGACGCGGAGUGAGGGAGAGAGACGCAGAGGGAGUAAAGGAGGAGGUGGAAGCACAGGAGGAGGAGGCAGGGAGGAGAAGUCCCCGGUGGGGGGAGGGGCUGACUCUCGCUCGGGCAGCGGCAGCGAAUCAGAGUACUCUACCCGCAGCAGCCUGAGGCGGGACCAUGGUUCAGCCACGCCCAGUGAGCACAGCCACCUCAGCCAGCGCUCCCAACACCGACUCCCGCCCCCUCACCUGGCCUACCCGCAUCCCCCUGGCAUGCCCCUUCCCUACAACCCCAUGAUGCUCAUGAUGGUCCCUCAGCACCCCCAUCCACACCUGCAUCCACACCCCCACCCUCACCCUGGUCUGGGACCCUCUCACUCCCAGCUUCCCUCCCUGCCCCCUUCCUCCACUCCAGGAGGACCCCCUGGUGCCCCCCCAACUCGUGACCUGGGCUCUGUGCCUCCUGAGCUGACCGCCUCUCGCCAGUCCUUCCACCUGGCCAUGGGGAACCCCAGCGAGUUCUUCGUGGAUGUGAUGUAGCCAAACGUGCCAACUGUUCUCCCUUCCUUCACAGCUGAGGGUGCAGCUCUACCUUGAUGUUUUUUUUUAAUUAUUAGAGCAAUUAUAUGAUUAUUUCUGAUUGAAUCAGGAUUUCCAGACCCUAAAUCUCUGGGGGCCACUAGUAUUUGGCUUCAUUGCUGAACUUUCUCUUCUGCCAUCGGCUGUCAAGAGUGCAAAAGCUUUUGAUGUGUGUGUUUGUCAUACCCGAGUUCUCCAUUUAGGGUCUGAAAUAGGUAUUUCUUGAAAAAUCUGGAAAAAUCACACCUGUUAGAGAGCCUUGAAACAAGGGCAAAGUUUACCAUAAAUCUAGUCUCUGGAUUCUUAUUUCCUUUCAGAUGUCUUUUUUGUGUUAAAUCCCUGGCCAUUUCAGUUGGUACCUCACUCUUCUUUUUGCUCACCAUGUGACUUUGCAAUAACCAUUUGAAAUAUGAACCCUAACCAAUGACGUGACUUCUUACCUCAUGGAUUCCUCCAGGACAAACAUGCAGAGAAGCACCUGUGUCUGAGAGCAGCUGACCAUUUGGGCCUGGAGCUAUUUUUCCCUGCUCAGGGAUGGGUUUCGUUAUCUAACUGCAACACAACCACAGUGAGAAGAGUACAGCUAGGAAGUUUUAGAAAGGUUACAGCACAAGUGCAAACAUUUCUUUUUUGACUGUUGUCCAAUACACCUUAAAUUACAGGGACUUUGUGUGUCCGCUAACAGUGUCUUGAUGACCUGUGUACAUUCUUAUUUAUGGUUUUAUUUGCAUAACUGUCACCGUGAACUACGAUAGUGAAUACUUGGUUGGCACAGGGGUCACUGGUGGAGACUGAUGUUGAUCAGCUAGCUGAUUAAAACAAGCAUCUUUAAAGCGAACAACCAAAAUAGUUUGUCAUUGUAGGAGUGUUAAUGAUGUGAUACUUCAUGAUGGGGUUGUCCAAACAUAGUCCUAGGGAACAAUCUGGGAUUUGUUUUUGUUCCUUGUUUUCAUAUUUUUUUAUUAAUCUUAACAGAAUGCUAACUUGUCUGUUACCAUUUUGUUUGUCUUUGGUAGAUGCCACUUUCAGUAAUCAGGUCUCUGGUAUGUACUCUGGGUUGCCCCUUUGUCACUCAACCUAACACGUCCAAAUUCUUUAUGGUGUAACAUCUACAAAUUUGCAUUUUAUUUACCCAAGAGCUUAUCUGACUGAUUGACUUAAGUCUUAAAAUAAACAUGCUAUAUUAAAUUUAAUAAUGUACCAUUUCUGGUUGGAAUGAAAAUGCCCCAAAAUUGAGUUCUGGGACCAAGAUUGGAAAGCCCUGCCUGCCUUUUAUGUGGUUGUAUUGAAUCCAAAUGUUUUAAAACUGUUCUGAAUGGGGGAUAGUAGAGUGUCUUGUAGUUGAUCAUUUGUAUAUUUUUCUUUAAUUGUACGGCGAUGAAAUACACUGCCCUUUUAUGUUGAAGAAAUUCCAAGGCACUGAUGGUGACCCAGGUGGAGUGAAUGAAUGAUUUUGUGACUUAUUUCGAAUGUGUAAAAUUGUGCUUUAGGACACUAAAUGGCAGCAACAAAAGUAUGCUCCUUUACCUGAAGUUGAGGUGUUGUGGUGUCAUUUCGACAAUAUUAUUGGUUUAGCUAGGCCAUUCAGGUACUGAUUCCUCAACAAAACUUAAAGGGCAUCAAGGAUUGUUGCAUGAAAAAAAAAAAUGUAAUCCAGUGAAUGCGCUUUGGAUGUACAUAGCCUUGGAGAUGCAUGAAUCAUUUUCUAUCCUCUGUGGAUGUAAGAAACGUUAUGAAUCCUUAUGAGCGCAACAUCACUUACUUUGUAAGUCCAGCACUUUCUCUUAGGUGAAAGUGUAAGUACCUUUAUGUAGAAUGAUUCUGAUUAAUUUCAGGCUCUUUAUGUAUAUAAAAUGUAGCUUUUUCUGCACAUUUAUUUUCAUAGAACAAAUCCAGAUGUCCUUUUAAAGGAAUGAGGGCUACAUAUUUCUGUCUGUAUUGGAAAAGUGCAUGUUUAUCACGUGGGUGUGGCACCAUCAAUGACACUAAUGAUUCAGGUCACAAAAAGAGACUUGAAAUAAAUGCUACAAACAUCUAACCAAAAGCACUCCAGAACAGCGUAAGACAAGUUGGGAAGACCCUUAAUCUUCCUUCAUGAAGUAAGACUGAAAAGAAAAACAAACCUCAAAACAUAAUUCAGUUAUGUCCUUGUGCACCACUAUAAUUUUUGUGCUGAAGCUGAUGGUGCUUUGAUGAUUGCUGUGGUGAUUUAAUCUUGGUGAUUGUAGCAUAUUCCACUGGUGAUGGAAACUUCAUUGAAUACAUACUAUGGCCCUAAUCAUUUCCCCAGAGUAUCUGCCAGUGAUUGAGUGCUGGUGAUUUCACUGGGGAAAUGAUUGGAGUACCAUGGCAGUUGCAGACAACUGGGUGCACUUCUCUGAACAUAAUUAUUGUAAUGUUGUGCAGAUGCAUAGUCAUCUAAUAGAACAUAGGCUACUUCAUAAAAGCCCAUCUUGGAAAUUAUGAGACUAAUAGUUCUCAAAAGUAUUGUUGGGAUCCUUCACUUUGUGAAAUUACUGAGUGUUGUUUCAAGACUGAAUGUUUUGAUAGAUUAUUUGAAAAAUGAUUGACAGAGUAACGGAUUACAAUGUAAUCAAGAGCUGCAGCCCUAGUUUUUACUCAGGAGCAGGUGGUGUGAGCAAGAUGAGAUGAGAGCAGGGAGAGCAGUCAUAGUUUAACUUAAAAUGUUAACUGAAAAGGGUAAACUACAGGCUACUGAGUUCCAGGAUCAAAUCCUGGCUGCGUCACUACCACAUCAAUAGUGGAUGUGGUUGCCAUGGUGAUAUGAAACUCAUCACUUGACCAGACUUUUCUUUGAUGGUAAACUGAUAUCUAGAAGAUUUUGUAAUUGUUGCAUUUUAUAACCAUAUUAUGGUGGAGAGAUCAACUUGCCAUCAAAAGUUGGUUUUGGUUUGAAACUCCCUUUUAAAAAUGAUUAAAAGGGGGGAAAAUAUCCACUAGCUCCUUGGGAGGCAUGCUGCAUAAACAAUGUUUAUAUAUAUUUUUUUAACUGAGCAGUCAAUAUGCUCAAUCAAUAUUAUGGAAUGGCAUACUACAGUAAAUCAGUUCUGAAGGGCUCUGUAAAGCCGUAGGGUUCUUGUAUAGUUGCACUUGGGUGUGCUGGAAACUUCCAGUCCUAUUGUGGCAAGUCAGGAACUCCAAAUGUUGCUCACUUGUAACUGGUUACGCACCACUACAGGUUGUACCAGAGAUUUUGGAAGAGGUGAAGGGGGGGUCCAAAUAUGGUACUUUUGGGAUUGCAGAAAUCUAAGGGCAUGCGGGGGGGUGGGGGGUGGGGGGGGCUUUUGAAUAGUUUAUACCGCUGAUACACACUCUUGGUCUCUCUUAUUUUUGAAAUUCUUGUUUUAUAUAUAAAUAUGUAAUCACAGAGAUAAAGGUGCUAAAUGAAGAGAAUUGUGUCCACGUUUCAAAGUGCUAUAUGGUACUGCUGCCUUGUGCAUUGUUUUUCCCCCAAAUUUGUUGUGCCAGUUUUUCACUUUUGAAAAUAAAUUUGUACUGGA